CGGAGAGCAGAGCGGCUUCAGCUGUUCGGAGAUCAGAUGAGAGAGGGAGAAAACACACCUCACUCAAACACAAACUGUGACAGCAGCUCUCCUCCUCUCCUCCUCUCCUCCACCAUCACAUCACCUCCAUUCCCAGAGUAACAGAUGCACCGGGAAUAUUUGACCUCCUGAGGUUGGAAUAAAUCACACACACACUUCUCAUGAGCUUAAAAACGACUCUUUGGUUUUUGGGAAUGUGUCCAUUACGCGCAGAGAAAGCGGGACAGACCGUCCGUUAUGGCUCUUCUUUUUAGAAACCGGUUCCAGAGACUGUGAAGCUGUGAGGACUUUGGUUUCUACUUUGAAGGUUUUCUGAGUUUUAAACUUCGUCUGUGCGCACUGCUCAAAGUUUUGGUGUAUUCGUUUCACAUUUUUGGCUCCCUUUUUCUACUUUUUAUGAGGCGAAACAGACUGAGAUUUAAAAAGGAGCCAUUUUCUAUAAAACGGGCUCUUUAUUAUCGGCGCUGCCUUAAAAUAAAAGUCCAGUUUAAAGCCACAGUGCGUUAUUCAGCACAAUAAAGGCAGAGGAAAUGUCCUCCCGCUGAACAAACAGCGCUAUCAGUCAAUAUCUCUCUCUCUCUCGCUCUCUCUCUCUCGCUCUCACUCUCUCUCUCUCUCGAGCGCAGAGGACAACACACACACGCGCGCGCGCACACACGCAGCCGCUCGCCGACAUACCGACACACACUUUGCCGCCGCCGCUGUACCACACCAAUGUCAUUGCCGAGCUCGUGCUGCUGAGAGCCGCGCGCUCACUCACUGACUGACCGACCGACUGACUGACUGCUCUCCUUCAGGUCCGCCGUUCCCACAGACACCCACCGACCCACCGGCAGGCACCAGGCAGGAGGAUAUAGCCGGGGACCGGAUGCCUUUCUCGGAUGGAGAGCCGGCGGCGGUGCCCGUGUGAGUCCGGAGCUCCCGCACCGGGAGACAGCGCCACAGUCACGGCUGCUCGUCUGUCUUUUAAUCGGUGAAAUAAUCACCUCUCAGAUCCGCUCAUCUAUUGAUCACAUUGACUGAAAAAAGAAGGGGGGAAACCGCGCGCACCGGAGACACCGGGACCAUGAUCCGGAGCUGCACGGGGGUGCACGGAGGUUAUCUCUGAAGGAUAGAGCCGAGAGGAAGAAAAAGAAGAAUAAAUAAUAAAGCAAAAGAUUUCUGAUCGUUUCUGCUCGUGCAGUAUACACUCACUAAUCCCGUUCAUCUAUUGAUCCAUUGAUUGGUGACUGUUUGUUUUGCGCACCGGGACCAUGAUCCGGAUUUGCUUGAGAGUUAUAUCCGAAGGUUGGAGAAGAAAAUAAGACUAAAAACAACCAACACAAGAAGCUUGUUGUUUGCCUUCUGUUGCUAAAUCACCCCCCAGUGCUCCCAGUGCUCCCAGAGAUCGGUGACCGGUCCGCGUUGGGAGGAAGGAGGAGGUUGUUAAAGUAGACGCGGGAGCGCAUCGGAGACGGCCGGGGACCAUGAUCAGGAUCUUCCCGGAUUUCAGCGUCCAGGUGACGGCUUCGGCAGGCGGUGGACCCGGGGCUGGAGGCGGAGGCGGUGGAGGCGGCGGGAUGGUGACCGGACCCCCGCUGGGUCGGGUGCCGGUCCCCGGAGCCACGAACGGGACCCCGCAGGGCGUGCAGGGACUCACCGGCUACCAGCAAAGUGACCCCUACUGGGAGCGGCCGGCUAAUGCAGGCAGCUGCUCCGCCGCCCGGCCCAAGACCCUUCACCUGGCCGGCCAGCAGCAUACCUCCUCACCAUGGCUGCAGGCUCUGAGGAAGGAGAAGUCACGGGACGCGGCGCGAUCGCGGCGGGGAAAGGAGAACUUUGAGUUUUAUGAGCUGGCCAAGAUGCUGCCGCUGCCGGGUGCCAUCACCAGCCAGCUGGACAAGGCCUCCAUCAUCCGGCUCACCAUCAGCUACCUGAAGAUGAGGGACUUCGCCAACCAGGGGGACCCGCCGUGGAACCUGCGCAUGGAGGGACCGCCGCCCAACACCUCCGUCAAAGCUAUCGGUGCCCAGCGAAGGAGGAGCCCCAGCGCCGUCGCCUCGGAGAUCUUCGAGCCUCACCUGGGCAGCCACAUUUUACAGACUGUAAACUGCACAGCAAACCACCGUCAUGGAAAACCGUGUCUUUUGAUGUCUCUGGACGGGUUUGUAUUUGCACUAAACAAGGAGGGACGCUUCCUCUACAUCUCCGAGACCGUCUCCAUCUACCUGGGUCUGUCACAGGUGGAGCUGACUGGCAGCAGCGUGUUCGACUACAUCCACCCCGGCGAUCACGUGGAGAUGGCGGAGCAGCUCGGCAUGAAGCUUCCUCCGGGCCGAGGGAUGUCGCUGUCCCAGGGAGCCGUCAACGAAGACGGGGCGUCCUCGGCUUCGUCGUCGUCGCAUUCCGAGACGCCCGAACCAGUGGAGUCCAGCAGUCCCAGUCUCCUGGCCCCUGAUAACACUCUGGAACGAUCCUUCUUCGUCCGGAUGAAGUCGACGCUCACAAAGAGAGGAGUUCACAUCAAGUCCUCAGGAUAUAAGGUGAUCCACGUCACAGGGCGUCUUCGCAUCAGGAUGGCGUUGACGCACAGCCGCUCGGUGCCCAAUCAGAUCAUGGGGAUGGUGGUGGUGGCACAUGCCCUCCCGCCGCCCACCAUCAACGAGGUUCGCAUCGACUGUCAAAUGUUUGUCACCCGAGUCAACAUGGACCUCAAGAUCGUCUACUGCGAGAACAGGAUCAGUGACUACAUGGACCUGACUCCGGUGGACAUUGUGGGGAAGAGGUGCUACCAGUUCAUUCAUGCUGAAGACGUGGAGGGAAUCAGACAGUGUCACCUGGACUUGAUGAAUAAGGGUCAGUGUGUGACCAAGUACUACCGGUGGAUCCAGAAGAACAGCGGCUACAUCUGGAUCCAGUCCAGUGCCACCAUCGCCAUCAACGCCAAGAACGCCAAUGAGAAGAACGUCAUCUGGGUCAACUACGUCCUCAGUAAUCCAGAGUAUAAAGACACGCCCAUGGACAUCGCCCAGCUGCCCAACCUGCCCGAGAAAACCUCUGAGUCUUCCGAAACGUCUGACUCUGAGUCCGAGUCCAAAGAAAACUCCGACAAUGAGAACGCCAAGCCCGAUGGGAAGCCGGGUCACCAAUCAGAACGCAGCGAGGACCCGGAGGCCGACAGCAAGCGUCAGCAGCAGCCCGGCCAACCACACUGCUCCUCUGAACAGGAAAUGAAGCGUCAGGAAGAAGGAGAUAGCUCAAGUAACCCUGAAAGCCAGGACAGCGACGACAGUCUGGAGCCUUCAGAUGGCGAGGGGGAGGAACAGGAGGAGGCAGCGGGGGGAGGAGGAGGAGGGGGAGGAGGAGGAGGAGGUGGAGGAGGAAGGUUGGGGAGGUUAGCAGGACUGGGAGGGUUAGGCGGACUGGGGGCCAUCGGAGGACUGAGUAAUCUGGGUGGGCUUCAUAUUAAAGUAGAGCACUACGGAGAAGGGGAAGAAGUACAGCUGCACAACUCGCAAACUUCUUCAUCAGAGGAGGAGGAAGAAGAGGAGGACGAGGAUGACGACGAGGAAGAGGACGGAGGCGUGCAAGACUGCGACGGUGCCAGCGCCGGAAACAAGCUCCAGAAGAGGCGGAAGAGGAGGAAAGUGCAGAAAUGGGACGGAUCCCGAAGCAGGAGGCUCCGUCUCUCCUCAACCACGCCCAGCCCCGUCGCCAUAGGAGAUACGGCGCCGCUGGUUGACCCCUCCCAGGCCACGUCUGCCAGCUCCUCACACCUCCUCACCUCCUCUGGAUCCCCAAACAGCGCAGCAUCCUCGGUCCUCAAAAUCAAGACGGAGAUGGCAGAACCGAUCAACUUCGACAACGACAGCAGCAUCUGGAACUACCCGCCCAACAGAGAGAUCUCCAGGAACGAGUCCCCGUACAGCAUGACCUCCAAGCCGGCCGCUCCGGGGAGCCACGAGACCUUCCCCUCGCCCCAGGGAGGCUCCCUCCAGGUUGCCAUCCCCGACUCCGUCCUCACCCCUCCUGGAACCGAAGGAGGAGCGGGAGGAGUGAGGAAGCCUCCUUACAACGGAAGCUCUGCCCCAUCUUCUGCUUCCAGUGCCACAAGUUUAGCUCCUCCCUCCAGCGCCUCCUCUGCCGACCCCUUGUCCCCUCCUCUGUCUGCCUCACCACGAGACAAGCAACAAGGCACGCCCACCACCUCCUCUUCUUCUUCUUCUUCCUCAUCCUCCUCCUCGUCCUCAUCAACCUCUUCAUCCUCACUGCUGUAUUCCGGCGAUCUGGAGGCGCUACAGCGUCUGCAGGCCGGUAAUGUGGUGCUCCCGUUGGUCCACCGGGUCACGGGAACUCUGGCUUCCACUAACACGACGGCUCCACGGGUCUACACCACCGGGACCAUCAGGUACGCACCGGCGGACGUCACCCUGGCCAUGGCGCAAGGCAACCUCCUCCCCAACGCUGCCAUGAACUUUGUCGACAGCUCGGGAUUCGGCCUGGACCCUAAGACGCCCAUGGAGAUGCUCUACCACCACGUCCACAGGCUCAACAUGUCGGCAGCUGCCGCCGCUGGCCCCUUUGUCGGAUCGCCGGCCGUCACGGGCGCCAACGGUGCCCUGGGAGGCCAGAUGCCGACCGCAGCCAACGUUUUCACCACAGCGGAGGGACUCUUCUCAACGCUACCGUUCCCGGUAUACAGCAACGGGAUCCACACCACGCAGACAACCCUGGAGAGGAAGGAGGAUUAACGCAAAACGUUCAAGACCGUAUUACUGUGUUUCUGGAAUCAACGACUGUGUCAAAGUAAAAGACUACUCACUAGUAAAAAAGAAUGAAAGACUAUUUACUUGCUAUCUUUUGUCAACACAGCACUGUGUUUCCAAGAGGGGAGAAAGGACAGGAAAGGAUGACAAAUGUACUCUAGCACUUUGAAUCUGAGCAACUGAGCUUGUGUAAUAGACAUGAAUGACCCUCAAACAUGUCCCCCUUUUCUAUCUUUUUUCUCUCUCCUCAUCCUCCUCCUCUCCUCCUCUCUCAGUCUCUCUCUCUCUCUUUGCUCCUGUUUUCUUGCGAUCAGCAAUGAUUUUCUCUUGAACAAAUGAACAAAAACAAAAAACAGACUAUUCUUUAUUGUAAAGAAUUCCUUUUUUGCCUACAGAGAAUUCAUAUUGCCUAAGGACUCCGCUGGAGCCUGAUGG